AGAGAUGGAGAGAAGGGGAGGGAGGCACUGAAGGGCCGAGAGAAGGUGAUGUCAGCUGAGUUCAGAAAGUAAACAGAGUUCCAGACUGCAGCAUGCUGUCUGCGGGACGGGGACUGCAGCUGCAGCUGCUGGGGCAAACCCACCGGGGCACCCGCACAAUCCCCUGGACCAGGAGCUUUACCUCUGGGAAGGAGGGCUGGCUCCUCUUUGUCUCCCUCUUCAUCUUCAUCUCCAUGCCCCAGGGGACAGCCUGGCCGUACGAUUACAGGUACCAGAACAACAACUGCCCAGGCCCAGAAUGGAACGUUAUGUGCAGAGACUGCUGUGAGUAUGAUGUGAUCCGCUGUAAAUGUCCUCUCCAGGGAACUCCAGUGGGCUACGCUGUGCCCUGCUGUCGCAACGCCAUCAACGAGUGUGACCCCUGUAUUUUCCAUCCAGGUUGCAGUCUAUUCGAGAACUGUAAGCGUUGUAACAAUGGGACAUGGGGCCCGAGGGAUGACUUCUUCAUCCGUGGCAAAUACUGCGCCGAAUGUCGCCCCGGCUGGUCUGGUGGAGAUUGCAGGAAGUGUGGGGGAAUAAUCCGCAAGCGGCAGGGCCACUUGGUGCUGGAAAGCUACCCGAACAAUGCCAGGUGUGAGUGGACCAUACAGGUGGACCGUCCCUUUACUAUUGAGCUCAGGGUUAUGAUGCUGAGUCUGGAGUUUCACCAAUCUUGUCGAUAUGACUUUGUGGAGGUGCGAGAUGGCGACAGCAUCAACGCACGUGUCAUCGCUCGUUUCUGUGGGAACAACAGACCUGCCCCAAUUCAGAGCUCUGGCAACAGUUUGCACAUACUCUUCGAGUCUGACGGUUUCAAGAACUUUGACGGAUUCUUCGCCACUUUUCAGGAGAGUUCAGCUUGCAGCUCCUCUCCCUGCCUGCAUGAUGGGACUUGCAUCCUGGACAGUUCCUUCACUUACCACUGUGCUUGUCUGGCUGGUUACACAGGCAAGCGGUGUGAACACGUGGUGGGAUGCCGCAGGCCUCCGGUGCCCACCCAUGGAUCCACAAAGGGUGUGUUUCAGCACUCAGGCGCACGCAUCACUUUCCACUGCGAUCCUGGGUUUGAGCUGCGAGGGUAUCGUUCCGCCAUCUGCCUGAGUGACGGCACCUGGAGUGCCCCUGCCCCAAAGUGUGUGCCAGUGGAAAGAGUCUGCACUCUACCUCCCAAGCCAACACAUGGGGACCACUUCCUGGUUUACGGGCCAAAUGACGUCCUGAUUGCACUGCAGUACCUGUGCUACCAGCCCUAUGAACUCAGUGGGACUGCUCAAAGAACCUGCCUCCCGAACAACACCUGGAGUGGGACUCCUCCUGUUUGCACUACAGUAAAUAACACUCUCACUGAAACAGAAAAGGACAAAGACCACGGCAAAGAAACAGACAGUGACAAAGACACAAACACAACUAUGGAGAAGGGUGAAGAAAACACAACUGGAGAAAAGGAAAGCGUCGGAGGGAAAGACAUAAAUACUGGUCACGAGAAUUCAACAGCAGUUGACAGAGAAGAUACAUAUACUGGGACCAUUCCAGAGGAAUCUGUGGACGUGGAUAGGAAAGAGGGAGAGCCAGAGGAAAGAAAUACUGGGUCAGAGAAACCCAAAGACAAGGUGGAUGGUGAAGACCCAGAUAACAGCCUGAACACAGUUGAAAUGAAAGAACCUGACGUAGCGGAGCAGCCCGAUGAAAAAGGAGGCAGCCCGGACACAAACACUGGACCAGAGAAGACAGACGUCCCGGACAUUGUUGUGAUAAAAGACAAAGGACAAGAACAAGACGAAAGAAAAGAGAAGCAGGUGAAUGGGAAAAAAGAUGCGGGCAAAGUGGGCCCAAACGAUACAAAGCUGAGGACGGUCACGACUGUCGUUGAGAACACGGUGGAGGUUUUUGAGCUGGACAUGACACAGAACCACACAUUCAUAUACGAUGUGACGGAAUCAAAGAAAGUCAAUGACACCAAAGUUUCUCCAGACCCGGGAAGGAAAAGCAUUCCCACAAGGGUUAACAUUACACAGUACACUCUGUACAGGGCUGGAGGUGAGGAAAAUGGGCGAGCGAAGGAAAACCCGACAUUGGAAGAAGAUAAGACCGAUGUGAAUCCUGUCGAGAAAACAGGAGAAGAGUUAGAUAGAGAGAUUCAGGAGAAAGAAAAGGAAAAGGAAAAGGAAGUCAACCAAAGCUUCAAUGAGAAAAGCUGCCCGCCGCUCCCUCGUCUAUACCACGGCUAUCACCAAGUGGUGACAGGGUUGGAGCCUGAAACGGUGGAGCUCCUCUGUAACCACUCCUACGUUCUCAGCGGUGAUUCUCGUCGUACCUGUCAGCCAGAUGGUACCUGGAGUGGCAAACAACCGCUGUGUCUCAGAGCAUGCCGGGAGCCCAAAGUGUCAGACCUGGUUAGACAAAGGGUUCUACCACCUCAGAUUCCAUCCAGAAAGACUCCUGUUUUCAAGCUCUACUCCUCCAUGCUGCGCUCACAGCUGCAGUCAGACGCUCCCACCAAAGGCCCGCCGCUGCACCCACAGUUGCCCCAGGGCUUCCACCAGCUUUACACACACAUCGAGUACGAGUGUGCGUCCCCAUUUUACCACCACUCUGGGAGUCCCCGCCGCACCUGCUUGAAAACAGGGAAGUGGAGCGGGCGUCAUGUGUCCUGCUCACCAGUGUGUGGGAAGCAUCCAACCUUUGACCAAGAGAGGCCAGCAGAGGCUCACUGGCCUUGGCUAGCAGCCAUCUACCGCCGCUCCACCAAUGGCAUAAAGGCCGAGGUAACCAAGGCAGACAGCCUGGCAGGGUCCAUGAAGAAGGAUGGCAGAGCUGGCAACCACAAUCAGGCCUCUGACUGGCAGCUGGUGUGCAGUGGAGCUCUGGUCAACCAAAGGAGUGUGGUGGUCGCAGCUCACUGUGUGACAGAGCUGGGGAAGGUGUAUCCUCUUGAUGUGGCCAAGAUCAAAGUGGUGGUGGGGAAGCAUUAUCGUGACGACCACAGGGAAAGCAAAGGUCUCCAACACCUGAGGGCGGCCUCCAUUAUAGUUCAUCCAAACUACGACCCAAAUAUUCUUGACUCGGACAUGGCUGUGGUUAAAUUACUGGACAAAGCAAGGGUUGGGGAGAAGGUCCUGCCUCUGUGCUUCUCAGAAAGCCACGGAGAAGAGGUGAUCUCGGGACAAGGGCUUGUGACAGGCUGGUCGCCGCUGCCUGAUUUGAGUUUAGGCGCCGACGAGAAGGCGAGGGUUGGGCUCGUUCACCUCGCUGACGUCGUGCCGUGUGAGCAGCAGUAUGCUCACAAAGGCGUGCCAGUCAGUGUUACAGACAAUAUGCUCUGUGCCAGUCAGAAGCCUGACUAUGCACCCUCGAACAUUUGUCCCUCCGACACUGGGGGGAUCCUUGUUUCGCCUGCAAUCCCUGACAACCAACACACACAGGGACAUGGGGAGAGCAAAAAGCUGUGGAGGCUCCUGGGACUGGUAAGCUUUGGUUAUGACCAGGGCGACUGUGAUCCGGCCCUCUACACAGUCUACACGCGUGUAGCCAACUUCAAGAACUGGAUUGAGAGUAAUAUGAAAUAAACAAAAAAAGAAACUCUACUGUCUGACUCACCAGACUUCCUCUAUACUCAACAGGUUCUAAAAUAUCUUUAUAUCUUACCCUUCCUCUCUUUUUGUUUCGUCAGACGAUUGAUCUUUCCUGAUCUUGUUGUUUUUUUUUUGUCUUUUGCACAAGGGCAUUUUCUUUCUAAAUGCAGAGGCAACACUGGACAACACAGUGCUCUAACUGAAGGGGGAGCUAAUGCAUUAGAUGUGCUGGGCAUCACCCUUUAAUGAGACGACUUCUGUGUUCAGGUCUCACAUCCUGAGGUUACAGACUUGAAGAUGACCACAAAACCAUUUCCGAGGGUUUGUAUUGUACUCACUUGUAUGUGUAUAUGUUGUAAUGUACUGAAAUCAUUUCAUCGAUUCAUACCCAUGGUGUACAUAUUGUAGACUGACAAAUGAUGAUGUUUCUAAUAAUAAAGAAGUAAAGACAA